AGCCAGUUGGAACAUCUGACGUUAACAACACACUUAUUUCUGUACUGUUAGUGACACUAACGGGGAUAAUCUUGAUGAAAUAAACGAAGGACUGUCGUAUUCAAACGUUUACCAGUUCUGAAAUUAGAACCUGAAUUUUAAAAAAAGACACCAACAGUGAUAGCUGGAAUACUUCUCGAAACAUGUAAAGAGAUAAUGUAUCCUCUCGAGGCUCGAACAAGAACCUGGCAGGGUUUCUACGUUCUCUUGUUAUUGUUUAGUUUUCAAACGGUUGGGUCGUAUAAUGGAAGCCGGGAAAGCUUUGAAGCCAAAAAAAUUCCCCGGACUGAGGACUUAAAAUCAUUACACAAUGUCCAUCACCAAGAGGAAGCUCCCCGCUUGUCCUUUCUAGAUAAGGUUCUGCAAGGUUAUGAUAAGCGAGUGUGGCCUACUUACGGAACAGGUAAACCUACACCCAUAAAGGUGAACGUCUAUAUUAACAGCUUAGGCUCCAUUAGUGCAGCGAACAUGGAGUACCGUCUGGACAUUUACCUUCGCCAGUCCUGGCAGGACCACAGGCUCCACCUAGCGAGUUAUGGAAUAUACGAGACAGUAACUCUGAAUGCACACGACCUGAUUAACCGUAUUUGGAAGCCUGAUUUAUUCUUCAGGAACGUAAAGGAAGCCGCUUUCCAUUUGGUUACUGUUCCCAAUAUGUUGAUAAAGGUUUCUCCAGAAGGUAGAAUCCUUUACAGCAUGAGACUAACGCUACGGUUGUCGUGUCACAUGUCGUUUCGCCACUAUCCGCUGGACACUCAACACUGCUAUGUCCUCGUGGGUCCGUGAAACUUCAGUUUUCUUAACAUCACAUUCACUCUAAGAAGACAGAAUGGUUAUCAUCUGAUCCAGACCUA